AUGCCUCGAGCAACAAUUUUUCUGGGUUUCUCCUACGCAACUACACUUGAGGUUUUGGACUUUCGUGGAGGUUACCUCGAGGACUCGGUGCCUUCUUCUUUCAGGAAUCUCAAGAAUCUCAAGUUUCUCGGUCUUUCGGGUAAUAACUUCGGCAGAAAGCUACCAAAGGUGAUUGGUGAGCUCUCUUCAUUGGAGACCAUCAUUCUUGGUUACAAUGGCUUCACAGGCGAGAUUCCAGAAGAGUUUGGGAAGCUGACGCGGCUUCGGUACCUCGAUAUGGCUGUCGGGAACCUUACGGGUCAGAUUCCAUCUUCUUUGGGGCAGCUGAAACAGCUUACAACAAUUUAUCUCUACCAGAACUGUCUCACAGGGAAGAUUCCUCGAGAAGUUGGUAAUAUGACUUCGCUUGUGUAUCUGGAUCUGUCUGAUAACCAGAUCACAGGAGAAAUACCUAUGGAAGUAGCUGAGUUGAAGAAUCUGCAGCUUCUGAAUUUGAUGAGGAAUCAACUCACGGGAAUCAUUCCAUCAAAGAUUGUUGAAUUACCAAAUCUUGAGGUUCUUGAGCUGUGGCAAAACUCUCUUAUGGGUUCCUUACCGGUGCAUUUGGGCAAGAGUUCGCCAUUGAAAUGGUUAGAUGUCUCAUCAAACAAGCUAACAGGCGAAAUCCCAUCGGGAUUGUGCUACUCUAGAAACCUCACAAAGCUCAUUCUCUUCAACAACUCAUUCUCAGCCGGUUCAGGUGACUUACCAAUGCUUCAGCAUCUAGAACUAGCAAAAAACAACCUCACCGGUCAAAUUUCAGAUGAUAUAGCAUCAUCUACCUCACUCUCAUUCAUAGACAUAUCCUUUAAUCAUCUCUCAUCCCUACCAUCAGCCAUUUUCUCAAGUCCUAAUCUACAAACCUUCAUCGCCACGCAUGACAGUUUGGCCGGAAAAAUACCAAACCAGAUUCAGGAUCGUCCAUCUUUGUCUGUCCUCGACCUUUCCUUCAACCAUUUCUCAGGCGAAAUCCCAGAAAGGAUUGCUUCUUUUGAAAAACUUGUGAGUCUAAAUCUUAAGAGCAACCAUUUGGUUGGAGAAAUCCCAGAGGCAUUAGCUGGGAUGCACAUGUUAGCUGUUCUUGACCUCUCAAACAACUCUCUAACGGGGAAUAUACCACAUAACUUGGGAGCUUCUCCAACACUGGAGAUGCUAAACGUGUCAUUCAACAAACUCGCAGGACCCGUUCCUUCAAACGGGCUGUUUGCAGCUAUAAACCCAAACGAUCUCGUGGGUAACGAUGGUUUAUGUGGUGGAGUUCUACCUCCUUGCUCCAAGAGCCUAGCUUUGUCAGGAAGAGGGAGAAAUUCAGGGAGGAUUCACGUGAAUCAUGCAAUCUUCGGGUUCAUUGUUGGAACUGCAGUUAUCUUGUCUCUGGGAAUGAUUUUUUUGGCAGGGAGAUGGGUCUACAAAAGGUGGGAUCUUUACAGCAACUUAGCCAUAGAGUAUCUAUUCUGCAAACAACCACAUGAGGAGUGGCCGUGGAGACUCGUGGCUUUCCAGAGACGGUGUUUCACUGCAGGAGACAUCUUAUCACAUAUCAAAGAACCAAACAUCAUUGGAAUGGGAGCCAUGGGGAUUGUUUACAAAGCAGAAGUCAUGAGACGGCCAUUACUCACAGUAGCAGUGAAGAAACUCUGGAGAUCAUCAUCACCACCGAGCGAUAUCGAAGAUCAUCAUCAUCAUCAUCAAGAAGAAGAAGAAGAGGACAUACUCAGAGAAGUGAACCUGCUUAGUGGUCUCCGACACAGAAACAUUGUGAAGAUUCUUGGUUACGUUCACAAUGAGAGAGAAGUGAUGAUGGUGGAUUGGGUCUCGCGAUACAACGUCGCCGUCAGAGUCGUUCAAGGGCUCAAUUACUUGCACAACGAUUGCUAUCCGCCGAUCAUUCACAGGGACAUCAAAUCUAACAACAUACUACUCGAUUCAAACCUCGAGGCGAGGAUAGCGGACUUCGGAUUGGCGAAGAUGAUGAUCCACAAGAACGAGAUGGUUUCUAUGGUGGCCGGAUCCUACGGGUAUAUAGCUCCAGAGUACGAAUACACACUGAAGAUUGACGAGAAGAGCAACAUAUACAGCUUGGGGGUGGUGCUUAUGGAAUUGGUGACUGGGAAAAUGCCGAUAGAUCCUUCGUUCGAGGAAUCGAUUGACGUCGUGGAGUGGAUUCGGAGAAAAAUGAAGAAGAACGAGAGCUUGGAAGAAGUGCUAGACCCGAGCAUCGCCGGGGAGUGUAAACACGUGAUCGAAGAGAUGCUUCUGGUACUGCGAAUCGCUCUUCUCUGCACUGCGAAGCUCCUGAAGGACAGACCAUCGAUUAGAGACGUCAUCACGAUGCUCACGGAGGCGAAACCACGAUGGAAAAGUGUUUGCCACGGCGCCGGAGAUAUGCCGAUUUUCAAAAAUUCUCCGAUGGUAGGACUGAUUUAG